GUUCUCGCCACACAAUCAGUUAGCCGAAGCACGGCAUCGCGGCACGUUCGCUCACCGCCGCCAUUUUGAGUUUUCGAAAUUCGAAUUUCUCGGUCGUGUUUACAUCGUUUCGUAUUUACACAAAUGUCAACGAAACUACAUGUGAAAACCCAGAGACAACAGUGUGUAGAGUAGACGAGAGCGAAACUGAAACGAAUUUAAAUUUAAAAAGUAACCCAAGCAUUCCAAAUUCAAACUAACGUGUUUAAUUUUAAAUGUUGCCAUAUUAACAUUAACAAUUGUAGAUUAGUAUUCAAUAAAACCAGACAUUUAAGUGAGUAAUCGAUGAUUAAGUGAAUAAAAAAUUGUGUCAAGAUCAGUAAGUGUGUGUCAAGGGGUUCAGCAACUUUCCUUUUGUAGAACUGUGUCUCGAUGACAUCGAUCGUGGAAUUAAAGUGGUGAAUCGUUUAAAAGUAGCCUUCUCGGGUUAAUUGUGGGAGGAUUUGGCGGUCCCCUCACAGUUGUUCGCGGGCUUGGUGAAACGGAACGUGUUUAAAAAAAAAGAAAUUCGAAUUAUGAAAAGUGUGUGUGCGUGAUCAUGUCGACGCAAGCGUACUACAAGGAGCGCCUGGGGUUUGAUCCCCAGGAAGAAGGGGUGAACGGGAACGCGUUUUACGACGCUCCCCCGCCACAACCGAAGAGGCAUAGAGGGGAGCGUCAUGGAGCAGAGAGUCAUGACCUCGUGUACGAGGAGAAUCUAACGAAAUUCAAAGAUGAACGAGAUGCCAUACAGAAGAAAACGUUCACGAAGUGGGUCAACAAACACCUUGUUAAGGUGAACCGCCUCGUGAACGACCUAUUUGAAGAUCUUCGUGAUGGCCUCAACCUCAUAUCGCUGUUGGAGGUGCUUUCUGGCGAACACCUCCCGCGCGAGCGAGGCCGCAUGCGUUUCCACAUGCUCCAAAACGUGCAGAUGGCGCUGGACUUCCUCCGGUACAAGAAAAUCAAGCUGGUCAACAUCAGAGCUGAAGAUAUCGUAGAUGGCAACCCUAAACUCACCCUGGGUUUGAUAUGGACUAUCAUCUUACACUUCCAAAUAUCAGACAUAGUGGUGGGACAAGAGCCGAACGUGACCGCGCGGGAGGCGCUCCUGAGCUGGGCUCGCCGUUCCACCGCCAAGUACCCAGGCGUGAGGGUCACAGACUUCACAUCCUCGUGGAGAGACGGAUUGGCGUUCAAUGCGCUCAUACACAGGAACCGGCCUGAUCUGGUAGACUGGCGUAAUAUUAGAUCAAGGCAAGUUCGAGAGCGCUUGGAGACCGCUUUCCACGUGGUGGAGAAGGAGUACGGAGUUACCAGGCUUUUGGACCCUGAAGACGUGGACACCCACGAGCCUGAUGAGAAGUCCCUCAUCACGUACAUCUCGUCUCUGUACGAGACGUUCCCGGAGCCCCCUGCGGUACACCCGCUGUUUGAUGCGGAGUCUCAGAGGCGCGCCGCCGCUUACACCGAGUUAGCGGCCCAACACCGCGCCUGGUUGCAUGAGAAAUGCGCUCUUAUGCAGGACCGUGCUUUCCCGUCAACUUUGAUCGAGAUGAAGAAGCUGCUCAGCGAGAGCACGCGAUUCCGCAACGAGGAGGUGCCUUUGAGGCAGAGGGAGAAGCAGAAACUCUUCCACCACUACAGGGAAUUAGAGAAAUAUUUCGAAUCGGUGGGCGAAUGCGACAUCGAACCCACACUACGACCCGAGGCGCUUGAACAGGCGUGGUCCAGACUCAUGAUAGCCCACACCGAGCGGGAAAGAGAUCUGACUGAUGAGAUCAGAAGAUUGGAGAGACUACAGCGGCUUGCCGAGAAACUUCACAGAGAUAUAAAACAAACUGAAAGCGGCCUAGACAGCGUAGAACGUCACAUCGAGAGUGAGAUCCGUCGCGUGGAGCGCGGCGUGCACCCCGCCGAAGCCAAGAUGGCGGCGGAACAGAUCGAACAAGACCUCAGGGCCAUGGAGCAUACUAUACAGGAGAUGUUCCAGGAUUCCCACGCGCUGAGGGAAGGCAGAUAUCCUCAGGCCAACGAUUUGCAUAGGAGGGUACAACAAAUCCACGACCGCUGGCUCAACGCCCGCCAGUCGUUCACCGGCCGCCUGCUCCCGCGGCUGUCCUCCGUGCGGCUCCCCGUGCAGCAGACGACCGUCCGCCGCGAGACCCGCACGGUCACUGAGAUGCGAGUGCUCGAUGCCGAUCCUAAGUUCCAGCAGUUGCACGAAGCGACUAGAUGGUGCAAGGAGAAAUUGAAAAAACUACACGAGUCAGAGUACGGUUCGGACCUACCCUCUGUUCAGCACGAACUCGACAAACACCAACGAGAACACAAACAGAUUGACCAAUUCCACUCAAAGGUCGAACAAUGCGUACACAACCGCUCCAACUUCAGCGGUGAGGAACUGAACCUUUACAACCAACAUCUCAGUCAGCUGCAGAAAUUGUAUGCUGAGCUACUCUCCACCAGUACGAAACGCAUGUCGGACCUGGAUGCACUCCAAGACUUCCUCCAAUCAGCGACGGCGGAGCUGAACUGGCUGAACGAGAAGGAACAAGUAGAACUCUCCAGAGAUUGGGCAGAUCCCCACAUCAACCUUCCCGCCGUACAGCAUUAUUAUGAGCAACUGAUGUCAUCUUUGGAGAAGAGAGAGUUGCAGUUCAGCAACGUGAUCGACCGCGGAGAGGCGCUCAUCGCCCAGCACCACCCGGCUAGCAAAACUAUCGAGAGCCAUUUACAGGUGAUGCAGUCCCAAUGGGCGUGGGUGCUACAGUUGACCCUGUGCCUGGAGACCCAUCUAAAACACACCACGCAGUACCACAACUUCUUCGAGGAGGUGAAGGAAGCCGAGAAAUGGAUUCAGAAGCGCGAAGAAGCAUUAAACACAACAUUCUCCCAAUCGGAAUUCACCCUCGACCAAGGCGAGCGUCUGCUGAAGGGCAUGCAAGACCUACGCGAGGAACUGAACGCCCACGGUUCAGUCGUCUCCAAGCUGGUGGAAGAAGCCCAGGAGAUCAGGCCGGUUAAGCAGAGGAAGGCUCCAGUUACAAGACCAUUGAGGGCCGAAACGGUCUGCGCUUAUAAACAUGCUAAUGUGGCCAUAGAGAAAGGUUCAGCCGUCACCGUGGUGGACAACUCGGGGCGCAGCCGCUGGCGCGCGCGGCUGGGCGGCGCGGGCACGGAGGUGCAGCUGCCGGGCGCCGUGCUGGCGCUGCCGCCGCCCUGCCAGGACGCCCUGGACGCCGCGGCCAGGCUGAGGAACGCCUAUGAUCGAGUCAUACAAUUAUGGCAGAGGAAGCAACUCAGGAUGAGACAAAAUAUGAUCUUCGCUACUAUCAAGGUGGUGAAAGGCUGGGAUUUCCCGCAGUUCGUAGCCAUGGGCGCAGAACAACGUCAGGCCAUCAGACGAGCUCUGAACGAAGACGCAGAGAAACUGUUGGCUGAAGGAGACCCGGCCGACCCUCAACUGAGGAGGCUGAGGAGGGAAAUCGAUGACGUCAACAGGCUCUUUGAUGAGUUCGAGAGGAGAGCCAGGGCGGAAGAGGAAUCGAAGAAUGCUGCUCGCAUUUUCACGGAACAGUCAUCGAACCUUCUCGAACGCCUGGACGUUCUCGAGCGACAGCUGCAUGAGAGGAUCGCCAGUCAUAUCCCUCGAGACCUGGACUCUUUGGAACACCUGGUGCUCCAGCACAAGGACUGGGAGGGCAGUCUGCUGGCGCUGUCUGGAGACGUGGAGGAAGUACAAGCUACUUUCAGAGGUAUCGCCCUGAAGACCCCAGCCAUGAAGAAGAAUCUCGACAAAGUCAUGGGCAAGUGGAACGACAUGCAAUCCAAGAGUCAGCUCUUUGUUGAACGGUUGAAAUUCGUGGAGAUCGUUGUGAACAGCAUGGAGGAGAACCAUCAGACCAUCUCGGAGUUUGAGAUCAAGCUGGCGCAGUUCAAUGACCUGCCCAACGACGUCGAACUGCUCAAAGACAUACACGAAGACCUACUCCGCAUGCAAGUGGCUGUCAGCAAGCAGCAAAUUCAAAUUGACCAAAUGAACGACGACGCCGAGAACUGCCGCCGAUUGGUCACCACUUCGCGCGCGGCGCUUCCCCAUUCGUCGUUGCCGAGGGCCGGGAAGCAUAUAGACCUUGAGCGAUUGGACAAGGAGGUCUCGCAAUUGAAUAGUAGAUGGAACAAUGUGUGCAGCCAGUUGGCUGAGAGACUCCGAAGCUGCGAGGCGGCCUACCAACUCCUGCGCAACUACAACGCAGGCCUAGAGAAGGAAGCCGAAUGGAUCGAUGACACUUUCGGUAAACUACAGAGCCAGCCGCCAAUUGAAAUCCGGCCGAAGGAACAAUUCGAGCCGACCCGGAACCUACUUACAAGCGUCGUGGAGAGGACGCCAAAGAUUGAGAAAGUUAACGUGGACGGGGGAAGAUUCAUAAGAGAGGCGAAGAUUCACUCCUCGAGGUGCCAGCGAUAUGCCGAAUGGCUAUGCGAAGAGGUUCACCCUUCAUUGGACAUGAAACACAUAAAGCGGCAAGCUGAGGUCGAUAUGGCGGAGAAAUUGAGGAAUCGAGGAAGGAAUAUCGACCCUGAGAAGCUGGCAAUAGGGUCCGAAGCUGUGGCGAAGGAGCUAGAUGAACUGAAUGCAAACCAUCAAAGACUAUUGGAUAUGUUAUAUGAAAGACUGAGAAGGAUUGCCGCGGCCAAUCCGGGAGACAUUGUUACUUUGCGUCUCGUGGAGGCGAUGGCGCCGCGGUCCGUGCGCUCCUUCCGCCAAGAGUUCAAUAUGCAGGACUUGGCCACCACUACCGAGCACACGUACACGCAGUACACCUCUGAGAAAUAUGUCAGAACGUCACAUUCAGAGGUAGACGCGCCGAAAUCAAUGGCCAAUGGAAAACUAAAUUCCCCCAAAUACACAACUAAAACAAUCAUCACCGACGAUGAUAGACCAGACUUAAGGAAUCUCAAACGUGUCCACAAAAUGUACGAAGGACCCAACAUUAUAGAAUCCAGAGGUAUAAUCCAUCCAGAAACAAGGGAAAUACUGACAGUAGGUCAAGCUAUUAGCAUGAGAAUACUUGACGUAAGAACGGGAAGGUUACUCUCGUCCCCGGAAACGAGACAAACCAUGACAAUAGAACAAGCAGCAAAAGAAGGACUCAUUGACCCCAAACUAGCUGCGCGGUUGACGGGACCAUGCGGCAUGACAGAAGACGGUAACGAAGUAACAUUGCUGGAAGCGAUUCAACGCGAGCUGUACGACGCAGAGCAAGGGUUGACGGAUCCAGCGGAGAAGAGAAUAAAGGUAACUGUGGAAGGAGAUGCACCCAGCACCCAAGGAAUGAGUAUCGCCGAUGCCCUAAACCAAGGACAAGUCGAUCUUCAAAGAGGUCUCUAUAGAUUACCCAAUGGGAGCUAUAUUUCAAUAUCCGAAGCCUAUCAACGGGGCUACCUUAUCUACAAUGAGGUUAUUAAAAUAAAAUCGAGUGCUCUGUCUUUAUCCGACGCGAUUAGUCAAGACUUAGUUGAUAAUAACGGCUGGAUUUUGGACAGAAACUCUGGCGAUAGGUUCCAAUUGGACGUUGCUAUACAAAAUGAACUAAUCAAUCCAAAUCUUAGAGAAGUGGUUGACCCAAAAAAUGACACAAAAAUUACGCUUGCUGAAGCAAUACAAAAAAAUAUUAUUCAUACCAAACAUUCAAAAUACGUACACAAUGUAACAAAAGAAAAAAUAUCAUUCAAAGAUGCGGCCGUAAAACGUUUAAUUUCAAAACCGAUGACAUUAAAAGAUGUCUGUGACAAUAAUGUAAUGACAAAUGACGGUAAAAUACUUUCACCAGCAAGUAGGACACCUUUGAAUAUUCUUGAGGCUAUCUCAGUGGGUGUCCUCGACAGUGACAAUGUCAAAUGUAUUACUGAUACAACAACAGGUCAACUUUUAACUUUAUCUGAAGCUUUAGGCGCUAAAAUAAUUAUGCAUGAUAAUAAAUUCCGUGAUAAUUUGACUGGGGAAAUUUGUACUAUCCCCGAAGCUGUAGAUCGUGGUUUAAUAACGUCCGUUUCUCAAAAGUCUAUAUUUAAUAUUGAUGGUUUCAGGGAUCCUAAGACCGGCGAGUUUAUUUCAUUUAAUAAUUCGCUAGCUAAAGGUAAUCUGAAAUACGCUAAUGGCGAAACAUUCCUAAAAUCCGAAAGCGGAGACUUUGUUUACCUAGACGAUUGUAUUAAAGUUGCAACAGUUAGGCCUGAGGUUUUAGAAAUGUUCAACAGAAAAAUAGGCGUAUACGAAAAUGGAAAAGAGCUCAGUGUGUUUGAUGCAGUAUUCAAAAAUGUUUUAGAUCCGAAAACAGGAUAUUUACUAGACGCGGUAACCAAAAAGCCUAUUCCAUUUAAUAAAGCUGUCGAAAUUAAUAUGAUCACCCCUGAAGGUGCUGCAUUAUUAAAUUCACUACUGAAUAUUACACUUACAUUACAAACAGUAACAAAAACUGUGAAACGGUAUGUGACCGUCACAAAUACAAGUGCUUCUCAAAGAUCUGAAACUGUAAUAACGUUUGCGGAUGCUGUGAGGCGUGGUCUCAUUGAUGAAACAACUCAGACAUUUACUGACCCCACAACAGGAACUGUUUUCCCAAUUCAACAGGCUUUAGAUGAAGGUUUGUUAGGUGUAGAACAAAAUGAACCUAGAGUUGUGCGUAUAUCCGAUCAAGUAAGUAGGAAGGAUUUAGUGCCAGGGCAGGUUGUAGAAUUAAAAAUUACCAAAAAGUCAUUUAUUAAAGAUUUGCCACCAAGUCCGGAAGGUAAAGUCCAACAGGAUAGUAAGCCAGAGACAAUAAAAAGCCCUGAUUUUACUACUCGCGUAGACAUCCGUUCCCACGAAGGUCUAAUGAAAGAGAUCAGAACUAUUUCAUCGAAGACUAUUACAGAACCGUCCGUAACUUCUCUUACAAUUAAGAAAAAUACAAUUGAACUGCCGCGUGGUGGCUGGACUCUUAAAGAAGCCAUUCAACAAAGUCUUUUUGAUCCUGUAACUGGUAUUUUCACUAUACCUGGAACAGACAGAGUUUUAGAUCUAGGAGAAGCACUUAAACUUAAUAUUAUUAAUUCUGAUUCCGCCAAAGUUGUCAAUCCCAAAAGCAAAAAAGAAGUAACAUUAAAUAAAGCAUUAGAAUUACGAGUCAUCGAUAACACUGGGCAUUACAUUACCCAAUCAGAGAAAAUGUCGAUGAAGGUAGCAAUCGAACGAAAUUUAGUUAUUUUUGUACAGUAUACUACAUCGACAUCUCCCCAAAAAGUGAUCACAAUUACAUCAGUUGCCGGCAUGCCUGAUAAAAUGGAAAUAUCAGAGGUUUCAGAUUUACCAGUUUAUGAAAUAACAGAUGAACAUUCUGCUUUAGAACCCGUACAAAUAAGUCCAGGUAAAAUUUUUGAUCCUGCAACAGCAUUAGUUAUUUCGACCACGUCAGGGGUAUCGGAAAAUAUUAUUGAAGCUGUAAAUCGGGGAGAGAUACCAGCUAAUACCGUGAAUGUCAUUGAACCAAACUCAGGAAAACAAAUUCCAUUACAGGAAGCUUAUAAAAAAGGUAUUAUUAACAAAAAAUCAGGUGAAUAUAAAGAUAAAACUGGUAAAACAAUAUCUCUAGUAGAUGCUGCGAAAAUAGGUCUCAUUGCAGUUGUUGGAGCACCUUUGGUCGGUGCGUCAAAAGUAAUACAAUUGGUAAAAAGUACAAUGGUGGUGGAUCCUAAAACUGGUGAAAAACUACCAAUAGAAGUUGCUUAUGAGCGUGGCUUGGUAGACUCUGACACUUUGAAAAAAUACGAAGAUUCCAUAAAAGAUAAAACGCCCGAGCGUUUGACUAUGAAGUCUUCUGAGACUUCUGAAGUAUUUGUAGUAGAUCCUAAGACAAGGAGAGAGAUUCCUAUUGAGGAAGCUCAUGAAAAAGGUAUAAUUGAUCAUGAAACCUACAAAGAAUUUAAAAAAACUAUUGGCGAUUCUCAAGUAGUAGACGAAGAUAUUCCCAAAAGUGCGAUUUCGUAUAGUCAAGUGAGUUCAAAACCUAUUUCAGUUGGAGCUGCAGUAUCUGAUGGCUUUAUUACUGUUGAAAGUAUCCAAAACAGUCUAUCGGCGGAUAAUAGAAAAAUAAUUGAGAAUGUUUCAUUAAAUAAAUCUAAAUCUUUUAGUCCCUCGGAAGUUAUCGAUAUUAGUAAGUCUAAGGUAAUCGAGAAACCAAAAUAUUCACUUCAUACAGCUGUAACGCGUACUCUAGAUACUAAAGUUUCAGAAAGAAAACCAAUUGUUUUACAAAAGUUAAGAAAACGUGUUAUAACUCCUUUAGAAGCAGUUGAAAAAGGAAUUAUCGACAAUGAAACCGCAAAAAUUUUGGAGAUGGUGAAAGUGUAUAAAGACGAAAACAGUUCACCAAUAACAUUAAACAAAGCGAUUGAAUUAGGUUUUGUAGGUCCAAGUAAAGGAAAAAUUGUUGAUCCUAUUCACGGUCACGUCCUUAAUAUUAAUGAUGCGUUAGAAAGAGGUAUUCUUGACGGAGAAGGUCAAGAUGAAGUAUUGAUUCCUUUAGCUAAAAGUCUUUCCAUUCCCGAAGUUUUAGAACAAGGUUUAUUAGAUCCAUAUACAGGAAAAAUAAUCCACCCCGAAACCGGUCAUCAUUUAACAUUACGGGAAGCGAUUAUUUGUGAUAUUGUUGAUCCAUUAUCUGAAGUGACCAUAGCGCCCGGCAGAAGUGUUACAAUUGCUAAUGCAAUUGAAAGAAAUAUCAUUGAUGAUGAUAAAAAUGUCGUUAAAACUAGCGAUGGUCCUUUAGAUUUUGUAUCUGCUGUCAAUAAAGAGUUAUUUGUAGAGCCAGUUAAGGUAAAUGCAAUAGAAAAUAUUCCACCAGCUGCUAUGACACUUUCUGUUGCGAUUCAAAAACACGUCAUAAAUCCUUCUACUGGUGAUAUUGUUCAUCCCUUAACCGGAGAAAUAAUAGCAGUACGUGAAGCCAUUCAAAAAGAUUUAUUAAUGGAUAUACCAUAUCCUCAAAAUACUGAAACUGUAACAUUAGAAGAUGCACUGGAUAGAGGUGUAAUUAAUCUAAAAGAUGGCACAUUUACUGAUCCCCAUACAAAAGAGAUUUUACCUAUGGACAAAGCUAUGGAGCAAGGACUUCUAGCAGUAAAAGCAAACACAGACUCGUUACAAACCACUGGAGUCGUUACGACUUUCACAGAAACAUUCACUUCUCAACACACCAUAACAACAAAAAUGAUUGAGUUAUUGGCUGAUUAUGUACUGGUUAGUGCUAACGAAGUCAGGAAUUCAAAAACAGGUGAAGUUAUGUCCAUGGAAGAAGCCAGGCAGAAAGGAAUCGUAAGAGAUGAACAAACUAGUAAAGAACAGUUCAUUACUAGUGAUACUAACAUCAGUUUUGAAGAAGCUCUCAGUCAGGGAUAUAUUAAUGUAAAAGAAGGCACCUUUACCAAUCCUAAUACAGGUGAAAUUCUCACUAUUUCCGAAGCAGUUACAACAGGUUUAUUGAAUACGGAGGUUGUGCCAGUGGAGCCAACUAAGUCAAUUUCUAGUAAAAAAGAUAUGGAACUGCUUGAUCUGAAUGAAGCAUUUGACUUGUUAUUUGAUGAAAAAACACAAAAAUACAGAGAUCCAAAAUCACCCAACAAAGUUAUAUCAUUUGAAGAAGCAUUAGAUAAAAAAGUCAUUAAUCCAGAAGCUGUCAUAUAUGACAUUAAAGCAGGUAAGCCUAUAACUUUACGAGAAGGCUUAGAUUCUGGGCUUAUUGACAAAAAUACCGGAAAAAUGAAAGAACCAAAUACUGGUAAGUCAGUUGACAUCAAAAAUGCUGCCAAAAUGGGUUUGAUUGCUGUCGUUGCCGCGCCAGUUCUUGCUGGUAUGGCAGUAGUUCAAGGAGCUAAAACUAUAAAGAGUAAAAUUAUGACAUCUAGACAAGAUACAGUUGCUGCAACGGAAACGCCUAAACGAGCGUUAUCAGAUACAAAUAAAGAAAAUCCUAUUAAAGGACCUGAAGUGCCACCCAAACCACCAAAACGAGAAAAGAAAGAAAGUGCAGUUGAAAAGAAAUCCACUUCUGAUGGGAACAAAGAUUAUCCAAAACAAUCUUCCAUAGAGCAAACACCAAAAGAUGACAUUGCCCAUAAAAUAAGUGAACCCACUAAAGAUAAACAAUCUUCUAUUUUAACUGAGAAACCUCAACUACAAUCUAAAGAUCAAAAGAGAGUAGAUUCGGUUUUAGAUAAAGACAAUUCCAAUAGUUUGAAUGAGAAAAAUAAUGCUGAUAAAGAUAUUUCUAACAAAUCAUUAGAAGCGACGGAAGCAAAAGAAAGUUCGCAUUAUACGUCAACUGAAUCCAAACCUAUGCUUCAAGAAUAUCAACAAAUUUUACCUGAUAUCAGACAAGCAGUUACGAUGUCUAAACAGAUACUGAGUAAACCAGAACCGCGUGAGCUUGCAGAUGACGCAAGGUAUACCCAAUUAGUCGACACAAUCAAAAGUCCCAUUUAUAGCGUCAAAGAAGAAAUAAUUGAUGGAACCCCUGUCGUUCAUGAAUUCCGACAAACAACUACUGAAGGUGAUGAAGUAAUGACUAUUGUAAAAACAGUAGUUUCUAAAGAUGAACAGUCAGGCCAAUUAAAAUCUGAAGACAUAAAUAAGUUAAAUGAAGAGACGCCAAUUGCAAGAGAAAGCAGGAAUAAGUCUCCAAUUGAUGAAAAAAUUACAGAUAUUACAAAAACUGUAUCAAGAAAUGAUCCAGCUGAAUAUGUAAUUGAACAUAGUAAAAGCGUUAUUUCAACAAAAACUCUGCAAACAAUUUCUGUAGAAACAAAACAAAGUGAAAGCACUUCUUAUCAUAUGGCAACGACGAAUAUAAGCGAACCUCAGGAUUCUACCGUUACAAAUAUUGCUGAGUACCAAAGUGACAGACCUUUCUCCAAAAAAGAUAAGAUAGGAGAUGGAAUAGCAGUGGAUGAGUUUAAACAAAGCAUAGAUGAAACUGAUAAAAAAAUAUCUGCUGUAAGUGAUGUCAAAGAUGUUUCCAAACCAAUUGAAGUUGCUCCAGGUGUUAUUUAUGACCCCAAUACUUCUGUUGUUAUUUCUGCUUCCUCUGGAGUAACUGAUAAUAUUUUAGAAGCUGUAGAUAAAGGUAUUAUACAACCAGACACCAUAAAGAUAACUGAACCAAAAUCCGGAACUGAAAUAAGUUUACGAGAAGCAAUAGAAAAAGGACUUGUUGAUAAAAAGUCAGGUGAAAUUAAAGAUAAAGCGGGCAAUAAAAUUAGUUUUGCAGAUGCUGCUAAAAUUGGUCUUGUAGCUGUUGUAGGUGCACCUAUUUUUGCUGCUGCUAAAGUUAUAGAGGUGGUUAAAAGUGCUGUAGUUACUGACUCAAAAACUGGUGAGCAUAACAUUGUUGACACAGACCUUGCCAAACAUAAGCGAGAUUCUUUGAAACUUGAGACAGACGAUGUCUGCAACAAACAGGUAACACUUCCAAAUAAGGUAGUAAUAUCUGAUGCUGAGCAAAUCAAACCAAACAUUACUGAAACUAUUGCCACCGAAAAGUCCUCAGUAGAUUUUAUUAGGACGGAUCAAGAAGUAGUACCAAACGCUAAGAAUAUGUCUGCAAUGCUGAUUAACGCCGAAAGACAACAACCAUUGAGAGUUAUUGAUGAAAUCACGGAACAAAAUGUUACUAAAAUUAAAUCGGAACCUUUGAUACCUUUACACGAAAAUAUAAUACUUGGUGAUGCCAUAACACAGGGUAAAAUAGAACCUAAGAUUUGUAGGAUCAUAAUACAAGGCGUUGAGUCACCACUUACUGUUCAAGAUUCUUUGGAACAAGAAAAAAUCAGUAGAUAUACACCCGUUGACGUUAUUUCUAAAAACUGUGUUGUUGUUAGAGAUUAUAAACCUAAAUAUUGCGUUGUUAUUUCACAAAAGUUGACUCCAGAGGAGCUUUCAGAAAUGGGUAUAUAUGAUAUUGAGAAACAGAUAUUCUUAAAUCCCGAAACUGGGGUCAAAAUUUCAUUCGAAGAACUUGUUUAUGGCCUCCAUAUUUUUGAUCCAGAAAACAUUCUCGUUAAGGAUCUCGGUUCAAAGUCGGAUAGCUACAUUUCUUUCGACGAAGCAAUCGCUAGACCUAUUAUUGAUAAAACUACUGGCCACAUGGUUAAUCCCAAGACUGGACAACGUAUUCCGUUUAUAAAGUGCGUGCAAAUGGGUUGGAUAGUAGAACGUCCUGAAGACGUUUUAGUAACCGAACCAGUAUCAAUUGCACAUGCUGUAGAUCAGGGACUUUAUGAUCCAAAUACAGGGGAAAUUAAGGAUGUUAACACUGGUCAAUUAGUUCCUAUCGGCCAAGCGAUAGAAGAAGGUAUUGUAGAUAAUGAAUCCUUAUUAAUAAGGCUACCACAUGCCAAUGAAAGUAUUACCUUGUCAGACGCACUUGAACGAGGUAUUAUUAUUAUUCAUCAGGGGGUGAUAACCAUUUUCGAAACUCGAGAAACAAUUGAAAUAUCUGUAGCUAUUCAAAGAGGUGUAAUUACUAUUAUUCAAAGACCAAUCUCUAUUCAAGCAGUUAUAGAAAAUGAAAUGUACGAACCGAAAUCGGGCAAGAUAAAAGAUAAAGUAACUCAACAACUAGUAACUGUUGGAGACGCUGUUGACAGAAAUAUCGUUCAUCCCACUAUAUCAGAAAUCAAAGACACGGCAUUAGAAAAAUUUGUCCCUCUUUCAGAGGCUCUAGGUACGAAGCUUCUUGAUCCUGAGACAGGUAAAAUAAAAGACAAAAAGACUGGUAAAGACAUUCCAUUAGAUGAUGCAUUAAGAAAAGGACUGGUAGCUACUAAAGACGUUACUUAUUCACUUUUCGAUGUAAUUGAAUUAGGUUAUUAUUCACCCGACACUGGUAAGAUUUUAAAUCCUAUAACAGGUAAAACGGUUUCUCUUAGUGAAGCAGUCAAAGGAAAACUUGUUGAUCCAUCUAUGGUCAGAGUUAAAGAUGACAAAUCAGAGUCAGUUGUGCCAUUCCAGCAAGCAGUGAAGAGUGGUUUAAUUGACUUAGAGCAAGGUAUUAUUACAACUCCUGUCUUUAACCUUAAAGACGCUUGUGAAAAGGGAUAUUUGCUAAGCGAUAAAAAACCGUGGACAUUACAAGAAGGCUUAGUGCAAGGUUUCUAUGACCCAGAAACUGGUCUUCUUACUAUAAAUGAUAAGACUAUGACCCUUGAGGAUGCCAUAAAAAUAGGCAACAUUAAUCCUGAAGCAUUAACUGUCAAAAAUUCUGUUACCGGUGAAAUAAUUUCUUUGGCAGACGCUAUUCACUUAGGUAUUAUAGAUUCAAAAGAAGGUAAAGUGCAUGAUCCGGCUCAUGGCGAUAAAAUUUCUCUUACAGACGCUUCGGAACGCGGUCUGAUUGUACCUGCCAAACGUAAGCUUAGUUUACCAGAAGCGGUCUUUAAAGGUUUUUAUGAUCCCAAAACUGGAAAAUUCUCACAUCCACAAAGUAAAGAAAAAAUUCCGACAGAUAGAGCGAUUAGAAAGCGCAUGUUAGAUCCACAGUCUACUUUAGUCCAUGUAGGAGGCAAAGUUAUUCCAUUCGAAUUUGCUGUGGAUAAGGGUAUAGUCGAUGGCAGGUCAGGAACUGUAAUAAUGGGAGAAGAAAGGAUUGAUUUUCGCGAAGCUUUUGAAAGAGGUAUUUUAGUAGAAGUGCGUAAACCAUUGUCUUUAAUUGAAGCAUUAGAAAAGGGUGUAUACAAUGAGAUAACAGGAUUGUUUAUGGAUCCACAAAGUGGCAAAAAACACACACUCAGUGAAGCAAUUGCAAUGAAUUUAAUUGAUCCUCAUUCAGUUCAUAUUCAAGAUAAUAGGUUAGGUAAAUGGGAUAGGUUAACGCUACCUGAAUCAAUUCAAACUGGUGUUAUAGACGUUCAAACAGGAAAGAUUAAAAAUAUCAAUAACGAAAAUGAAGAAAUCAGUCUGCGCAAAGCUUUCGAAAUUGGUUUGCUUGUUGACAGUAAAGCGCCAAUAAGUUUACAAAGAGCAUUACAUCAAGGCUUGUACGAUGAUGCCACAGGCAAAAUUGUCGACCCAGCUACAAAUAGAAAAAUCACUCUUCAUGAGGCUAUUAGGCGGUCUAUCAUUAGCCCUAAAUAUCUUUGCUAUUUCGACAAAAAGUCUGAGAAACCCUUAACAUUAGCCGAAUGCUGUCGUAGCGAAAUUGUUGAUAGGAGAAGUGGUAAAUUUCUGGAACCUGGUUCAGAUGUCCGAGUCUCAUUAUCCGAAGCUAUGAGCCUAGGUCUGAUUGUUGAUAUUGAAAGUGCAGGAUUUACCCUGUAUGAAGCAUUAGCUAUGAAUAUGUAUGACAUUACUGAACUAAACUUUAUCCAUCCUGUAAGUGAAAGGAAAAUAUCCCUUAAUACCGCGAUUGCUCAGGAACUCAUAAAUUCUGAAACAUCCUUAAUAAAGCAUAUUCCGACUAGUAAAUACAUAAAAUUAGACGAAGCCAUACAAAAUGGUGUUAUAGACGAUAGUAACAGCAUCUAUGUAUUACCAAAUGGAAACCAAAUUAAUUUAUUAGAUGCCAAACAUCGUGGGCUCAUUGUGACCUCAAAGAAAAAUUUAAGUCUUGAAGAGAUUGUCAGAAACGGACUUUUUAGGGCUGAUAACGGUAAAAUCGUAGACCCAAGUAGUAAUGAAUUUAUUGACAUCAAUAAAGCUAUUGAAAUGAAUCUGUUAAACCCAAAUCUCACUAUUGUCAAAGAUAAUCUCAGCAAUAAAUUUAAACCGUUGCCUCUUGCUAUACAACAAGGGGAUGUUGAUGUUAUAAAAGGUAGGGUACUAGAUACUAAAGCAAAGAAAACAUAUAGUCUUGAUAUUGCUUUUGAUAAAGGACUACUGGUUACUGUUAUUCAACCUCUUACUUGCCAAACAGUGAGCAAACGAUAUAUUCAGGAUUCUUCUACGUCUAAAGAACCAUCUCUUAGAGAAUUCACUUUAGAUGAAGCCAUCAAAUACGAAUUUAUUGACCCCGAUACGGCUGUUAUUAAAGAUCCUCAUAAAAAUAAGUACAUUCCAUUAAGAUUAGGUAUAACUGAAGGAAUAAUAGAUAAAAACGCUAAAGGUUCGUUCGAUACGCAAAAUAGAUCUCGCACACUUUGCUUUGUUUUCGAGAACGGCUUGAUUGUGUACGUACGUGAACCCCUGACGUUUGAGCAAGCGAUAGAAAAUGGGCAACUUAACGUCAAUAUCGCCCGGUUUACUGAUCCACAUUCCAGAGAAAUGUUAACCAUAAAAGACGCAGCCACAUUGGGCUACAUUGAUUCAGACACUGCGCUCAUAAAAGAUAACCUCAAGAAGAGAUUAGUGAAACUUCCAGAAGCGUUCCGCAAAGGUCUUAUGGACGCUGAAAAGGGUAAUAUUUUAGACACGGAGACCUCAAAACUGAAUUCGCUGUCUGCCGCAAUAGAAGGCGGUUUGCUGAUGACUCCCAAGAAGAGUUUCUCUUUGAUCGAGACAUUGAACUUUGGUAUUUACAACCCUACUACCGGAGCACUUAACGAUCCAUUUAUUACUACAAGUGUAAUUGAUAGAAAAAGACUAAAUUUGGGUGAAGCAAUCCAACAAGGCAUAGUAGAUCCAUCCAGCACAGUUGUGAAAGAACCCGAGACGGGGAAAAUAUGGCCAUUGGUUCAAGCUAUGGAACAGAAGUUAGUUGAUCCCGUCGAGGGCAGGCUGAUCCUAGAUCCAAAGAAAGAGACCAGUUUGGAUUUGGUUAAAGCUCACAAAAAGGGAUACUUACUGCCAGCAGAAACUAGGCAAGCAGUAGAAGAGAAGUACAGACUUUGUGAUGAGACGCUUUCGAAGUUGCUGGAAUGGAUUGCCGUCGUGGAAGAGAGACUCGCCAACCAAGAGGCGGUCAAGGAGGAUAUGGAUGAACUUCGCAACCAGAUUAACAUUCUCAAGUUAAUCAAAGAUGAUCUCGAGAGUCAUCAGCGACAGGUGUCCGCGUGCGCUGAUCAGGCGAAGCAGCUCCUCGUUUCUGGAGGGGACGUUCUUGCUCCACAUGAGGUGGCAGCACUGGAGCGUGGAGUGCGCCAACUGAAGCAGCGCUGCGACAAAUGCACAGACAAGUGCGACAAGAUGCUCAGGCGCAUGGCCGCCGCCAGGGACGAACUCGGGAAAUUCACCAACGAACUGAACACCUUCAACGCCUGGAUGGAGGGCGCCUACCGUACUCUAGAAGACAAGGAAGCGGCUCUCUCCCGCCUGGACUCCCUGCCGUCCCGCGGGGAGGACAUCCGCGAGUUCGUGUCGGACGUGAUCGCUCACCAGGCCGACCUGCGGUUCGUCACCAUGUCCGCGCACAAGUUCGUGGACGAGACUAAGGAGUUCCUCAACAUCUUGAACGAGUAUCGCACAUCUUUACCGUCUCGUCUCUCCCACGUGACUCCGAACCCAGACAGCAUGGUUAGGGAGGGGGCAGCUUUAGCCAGAAGAAGACACAGCGAUUUGGCCGCCAGAGCUCAGAGAUUACAGGAGAGAUUGAGAGGAGCCGCUUUACUGUCAAACCAGUACAAUGACGCCUUGGAUCGUGCUUCAAGAUGGCUUUCUGAUAUCGAGCCACAAGCGCGCGCGGUUCUUUCUGAGCCGGUGGGCGGCGAGCCUCGUGCUGUAGAAACUCAACUCAACAAGGCGAAGACGUUACAUACUGAGAUACUGUCUCAGGGGCGGCUCAUUGACAACGCUAAAGAAGCUUGUGACCAACUAGUCAAAUCUUUGGAAGGCAAUCUAACUCCCUCCGAGAUCCGCCAACUAGAAGUCCCAGUGUUAGACCUGACUGCUCGCUACAAGGAGUUGUCGGGCGCCGUGAGUUCCCGCUGCGGCGAGCUGGAGGCGGCGCUGCUGCAAUGUCAAGGGUUGCAGGACGCGGCCGAGACGCAGGCGCAUUGGCUGGGGCAAGUCGAGGACGUUUUCAAGAACCAACAAAAACCAGCGUCGCUGAUCCGCGAGCGGCUCGACGAGCAAGUGCGCGCGCAGCGGCUGGCGCACGCCGAGGUGGAGGCGCGCCGCCCCACGCUCGCCAAGCUCGUGCGCGCGGCCCGCGACGCCGCUCUCACGCCCUCUAACGCCAGGAUCGCUAAGAAGUUGGAGCAGCGCGCUGAGGAUAUUUAUGCUAGAUACGAGAAACUCCUCGAGAAAUCGAUCAAACGCGCUCAAUUCCUGGACGAGGUGUCAGCGGAACUAAUGAUGUUCAGCCAACAAGCUUCCCAACUUGAGUCCGUGCAGUCUCAACUGGCCGAGUUAGCUGAUGCGAGAGAAUUGGCACGUUUACCUGCCAAUGAGCUGAGGGCGAGAUUACACGACUUGGCAAAUGCUAGGGACAAACAAAUGCCACUAUUGGAGGAAUGCCUGCGCAACGGCAAACACCUAAUUGCCAAGAAGGAUGUCACUGACACUCAUGUCGUUCGCGACAGGAUGAAGGCCCUUGAAAACCAAUGGCGCGACUUCAAUGCCACCUUGGAGGAGAAGGAGAAACUAUCCAGACAGCGCGCCGACCAGCUCAACCAAUACGAGACUCUCAAAGUGCAGGUGCUGGAAUGGCUGCAAUCUAUGGAAGGCCGCGUGGGUCGCCUCCAACCCGUGGCCGUGGAUUUGGACUUGCUCAAGCAACAACAAGACGAGCUGCGACCGCUAGCCAAAGAGUACAGGGAUUUCUCUGUCACCAUUGAUAAGGUGAACGAAGCCGGCGCAGUGUACGAGGCUUUAUCUCGCGGCGAGCGCGCCGACAGUCCGCACCGCAAGCGACAGCUCUACAGCCCCACGAAAAGGCAGACGCCCAGCCGCACGGACGGGCGCUCGCCGUCCCCCACGAAGGGCCACGGGCUGGUGAGCCCUGCGUCCGCGCACUCCGCCUCCAGCGGGUUCUCCUCGCGCCGCUCCAGCCAGGAGGGCUUCCAUCUUGAAGAUCAAUCACCAGUACAACAACAACUGUCCGAGAUCAACAACAGAUACAGUCUGUUGGGAACCAAACUGUCGGACAGACAAGCCGAGAUUGACAGCCUCAGAGAGGAACUGAGGAAACAUCUUGACGCUCUGCGUGGGCUUAACACAUUCUUGGACAAGGUCCAAAGACAACUGCCCAAAGAGACUGUGCCCAACACUAAGGAGGAAGCAGACAAGACCAUCAAGCAAGCUAGAGCUGUGCUAGAGGAGAUGUAUGAGAAGCAGAGUAUACUUGACUCUACUAAGACUCAAGUCCGUGAAGUUCUCCGUCGCAAGCAAAGUGUGGCCGGCGCCGAUCAGCUCAACCACAGCAUGGAAGAUGUCGCUUCUAGAUGGAAGUCACUACACGAUGCGUUCAAGGACAAGAUCCGCCUAAUGGAAGAGAUGAAGGACUUCCACGACACUCACAGCAAUCUAUCCCAAUGGCUGGGCGCCAAAGACCGCAUGAUGGCCGCGCUCGGGCCCAUUUCUUCUGACUCUAGAAUGGUCCAGACUCAAGUUCAACAGGUCCAAGUCCUCCGCGAAGAGUUCCGUAGCCAGCAGCCACAACUGACUCACUUAGAGGAAGUUGCUUCAGCUGUGCUUGAAAGAUUAGAACCGAGGUCACAAGACGCGAACAAACUGAGGCAGAAAGUCAAGGAACUGCAGGAUAGAUGGAACGAUCUGCUUAACAAGCUUGAAAAACGUGCAGAAAGUCUCGGCGCCGCGGCUGAUACAUCACGAGAAUUUGAUGCCGGACUGACCCGUCUUCGGGAUGCUUUGCAAGGCAUUUCCGACAAAUUGGACGACGUGGCUUUGGAGAAGGAGCCUACUGAACAACUGAGGAAGAUCGAGAACCUGGAACGUCAACUGGAAGGUCAACGCCCUCUACUGGCGGACUUGGAAGCCGCUGGAGCCACUUUGGCCGCAGUACUAGCUGAACCAGCCGCUAAGCAAGAUAUCGCAGGGAAAUUGGCUGCAGUCGCCAGGCAAUACGAUGUUCUGCAAAGGAAACUGGACCUUAGGAAAGCAGAGAUUGAGGCUGCUCUCAAGGACGGCCGCAACCUCGAGGAGAACGUCGCCCGCACAUUAGGCUGGCUCCAAUCCGAGCUGGGUUCUCUGCCAGCUCGCCUUCAGGUGUCAGCCGACGUGGUCAAGUUGCAGCAGCAGCUGGAGCGCCACGAGCCCUUGUACAGGGACCUCACUCAGAGGGAGCACGAGCUCAUCAUGUUGCUUGAUAAAGGUCGGGAAAUGGAGAAGAAGCCAGCCCACCAAGGUCUUCGCAAGGACCUCGACCGCAUUCAGACGCAGUGGGAGAAACUCAAACGAGAGAUCGUUGACAGAUACACCAGACUUCAGACCGCUAUGGAACACUGCCGCAAAUACAGCAAGGCGCAGGAGUCUUUCGUGCCGUGGUUAGGCGAGGCUGAAGAACGCCUGGCUAAAUUACCACCAGCCGCGUUCAAUAAGAAGGACGUUGAGAAACAGUUGAGGGAACUCCAGCAUAUUCGCAAUGAUAUCUGGAAGAGGUCCGGCGAGUACGAGAACAACAAGACGCUAGGAGAGACCUUCAUAUCGGCGUGUGAUGUCGAUCAAGAGAUCGUCAGGAAACAACUCGACAACAUGAAAGAAAGAUGGGACAGGCUUAAUAACGAGGUCCUCCAACAAGUGGAAUUCCUAGAGACCACAGCACGGAAAUUAGGCGAUUUUGCGGAAAGAGUGCGCGGUGUGGAAACGCCUUUACAACGAUGCGAGGAAAGGCUGCAGGACGCUUUACACGCGCCCCCGGCCCAGGCGGCCGAGGCAGUCGCCAGGAUUGCGGAUCAAAUCCAUGCUUUGAGAGCGCCGUUACAGAGCAUCAACGUAGCGGUGGACGACAUUGUAACGCUCGCAUCAGAGUGCGGCGGGGCGGACGCGGGCCCGCGCGCGCGCCGCGUGCUGGAGGAGCGCGCGCGCGCGCUGGCCGAGCGGCUCGCCGAGCUGGAGGCGCGCGCGGCCGACGCGGGCGGCAGGCUCGCCGGCGCCGCGGAGGCCAUGGCGCACUUCCAGGACAAAGUGAAGAGCUUAUCCCACGACCUGUCUGACCUCGAGAAGGAACUGGACACGAUGAAGCCCCCAGGCCGAGACAUCAAGACAGUGAAACAACAACUGGACGACAUCGGCCGCUUCUACAAGAGACUGGAAAAGGCUGACGAUUUGGUCGGAGACACUGAGAGAGCUGCGGAGACAUUGGUCGAUAGCGGAUACGCAUUGGACACUGCUAAGACUAGAGAUCAGGUGGAAGGUCUCCGCAAACAACUCGCUAAAUUGGACGAGCGCGCUCGCGCCAAGGAACAAGAUCUGGACGACACAUUGAGCAAGCUGGAGGCUUUCUACAAAGCUUACGAUUCCGUCAUGGACGAUGUGCAAGAGGCGUCCGAACAAGUCCGCAGCCUCAAGCCGGUUUCAUCUGAAGUUGAACAAAUCCGCGCCCAACAGAAAGACUUUGCUGAACUCAAACGCCGCACAUUGGAGCCUUUGGGACAAAACGUGGCGCAUUGCAACAAGAUUGGCCAAGGGUUGGUCAGAUCUGCUCUGCAAGGAGUCAAUACUCAAGUGCUGGAGAAGGACCUUGAAAAGAUGAACGACAAAUGGAACGCCCUGAAGGAGAAGAUGAACGAACGCGAGCGUCGUCUAGACGUCGGCUUGCUCCAGUCUGGCAAGUUCGCGGAGGCGCUCGCCGGGCUCGAGAAGUGGCUCGCCGAUACUGAGGACAUGGUCAAUAACCAGAAGCCGCCUUCGGCUGAUUAUAAGGUCGUGAAGGCGCAGUUGCAGGAGCAGAAGUUCCUCAACAAAAUGCUGCUAGAUCGUCAAAACUCUAUGUCUUCGCUAUUCGCGAUGGGCAACGAAGUGGCCGCCGGGUGCGAACCUGGAGAACGUAAGGCUAUAGAGAAACAACUGAAGGGACUGAUGCAAAGGUUCGACGCUUUGACUGACGGCGCUCAGCAAAGGAUGUUGGCGCUGGAACAAGCUAUGAGGGUUGCCAAGCAGUUCCAAGAACAAUUGCAACCUCUCGUGGAAUGGCUGAGCGCUUCGGAACGCAAGGUCAAGUCGCUGGAGCUGGUGCCCACUGACGAGGAGAAAAUACAGCAGAAGAUCAGGGAGCACAAGGCACUUCACGACGACAUCCUCUCCAAACAGCCCGCCUUCAAACAGUUGACGGAGACAGCUUCAACAUUGUUGGGGCUUGUUGGCGAUGACGAAGCGACCGUGUUAGCGGACAGACUUCAAGGAGCCACUGACAGAUACCAAGCCCUAGUCGACCACAGCCUGAACAUCGGCGCCCUUCUGGACAGUUCUCGCAAGGGAUUGCGUCAUCUCGUGCUGACUUACCAAGACCUUUCAGCGUGGAUGGACGGCAUGGAACAAUACCUGGCCAAGAGGAAGGUUCUACCAGUCCAUAUGGAGAAACUGUUGAGGCAAAUGGAUGAGCUCGCUGAAAAAACCGAAGAGAUCGCGUCCAAACAAGACGAGGUGGACAGCACGGUGGAAUCCGGCUUGGAGCUGAUGAAACACAUCUCCGGAGACGAGGCGUUGCAGCUCAAAGACAAGCUGGACGCCUUGCAGAGACGCUACAACGACUUGACCAGCCGUGGCGCCGAAUUGUUGAGAGUCGCGACUGAGACUCUGCCGUUGGUUCAACAGCUGUAUAACAGCCAUAGCAAACUAACCGACUGGAUGUCAGGAGCGGAAUCAUGCUUACAAGCCGUGGAGCCGCGGGAGGAAGACAUUUUAAGAUUGGAGGCGGAGAUACAAGAGUUCAGGCCGGUUCUGGAUAACAUCAACCUGAUUGGGCCUCAGCUGUGCCAGAUUUCGCCAGGAGAGGGCGCCACUCACAUUGAGGGUAUCGUGACUCGCGACAACCGACGGUUCGACACAAUCGCUGAACAAGUGCAGAGGAAGGCUGAGAGGCUACUGCUUAGCAAGAAGCGUUCCCUGGAAGUGGUAGGCGACAUGGAAGAAGUGCUAGAGUGGCUGCGAGCUGCGUACGCGCAACUGCGAGACGCGGAGCCGCCCAGCAGCGUGCCAGCUAGGGUGCGCGCGCAGCUCAAGCAGCAGAGACCUCUGAACGACGACGUGGCGGCUCAAAGAGUUAGAGUUAGGGAUCUCCUCAGCCAGGCUAAGAAGGUCCUCCGCGAAUGCCACUCGUCCGAAGAAACUGCGGCGAUCCGUUCACGAAGCGAAGAACUUCGCGAGAUGAUGGAGGAGGUCGGCCAGCUGAGCGCCGACCGGCUCGCCGCCCUCGAGCAGGCGUUGCCACUCGCCGAACACUUCGCCGACACUCACCAUGGUUUGUCAUCGUGGCUGGACGACAUGGAGAAGCAGAUCGAAAUGCUCGCGAUGCCCGCGCUCAGGCCCGAGCAGAUCGCUCAGCAGCAGGACAAAAAUGAGAUGUUGCAAUCGUCGAUCGCCGGGCACAAGCCUCUAGUGGACAAGCUGGUGAAGACCGGCGAAGCUCUGUGUCGCCUCUGUGGAGAAGAAGACGCGGCGAGGGUCCAAGAUAUAGUGGAGGGCGACUGCGAGCGGUACAACGCGCUGAGGGCCGAGCUCCGGCAGAGGCAGCAAGAGUUGGAGCAGGCGCUACAAGAGUCGUCCCAGUUCUCGGACAAGUUGGAGGGCAUGCUCCGAGCUCUGUCGGGCACGGCCGAGCAGAUCGCACGAGCCGAGCCCGUGUCCGCGCAUCCACCUAAGAUUGAAGAUCAAAUCGAUGAGAACAACGCUCUAGUAGAAGACCUUGACAAGCGUACAGAAGCUUACAACGCGGUUCAAAGGGCUGCCUCUGACGUCAUCAGCAAGGCCAACAAGAGCGACCCAGCCGUGAGGGACAUCAGGAAUAAACUGGACAAGUUACACAAACUAUGGGACGAAGUACAAAAAGCGACAUCCGACCGCGGCAAAUCACUCGACGACACUUUAGAAAUCGCCCGCAAGUUCUGGUCGCAGCUCAACGCGGUCAUGACCACGCUGUCAGAGCUGCAGGACACCCUGACCUCGCAGCCACCGCCCGCGGCGCAGCCCAGGGCGAUACAGGCGCAACAAGUUGCCUUACAGGAGAUCAGGCAUGAGAUUGAUCAUACCAAGCCCGAGGUGGAGAACGUCCGCAAGACCGGCUCGACACUCAUGUCGCUCUGCGGGGAACCGGACAAGCCCGAAGUCAAGAAGCACAUGGAAGACUUAGACAGCGCUUGGGAUAACAUCACAGCUUUGUACGCGAGGCGGGAGGAGAACCUUAUCGACGCUAUGGAGAAAGCUAUGGAGUUCCAUGAUACUUUGCAUAACCUCCAAGAGUUCCUCGACUCAGCGGAAGACAAGUUCUCUCACAUGGGUCCGCUCGGCUCCGAUAUCGACGCUGUGAAGCGACAGAUAUCGCAACUAGCCGCCUUCAAGCAGGAAGUAGACCCUCAUAUGGUUAAAGUGGAGGCUCUUAACAGGCAAGCUCAAGAGCUAACAGAGCGGACGUCAUCCGAGCAAGCGGCUGCCAUCAAACAGCCUUUGACCGAGGUCAACAAUCGCUGGUCAACUUUGCUGAGAGGAAUGGUGGAAAGGCAGCAACAACUCGAAAGGGCUCUGUUGAGGCUGGGUCAGCUGCAACACGCGCUGAAAGAACUGUUGACCUGGAUUCAGAAUACUACUGACACCUUGGACACGCUUAAACCUGUGGCCGGCGACCCCCAAAUCCUGGAGGUGGAGCUGGCCAAGCUGAAGGUGCUGGUGAACGACAUCGCCGCGCACCAGGCCAGCGUGGACACGCUCAACGAUGCGGGCGCGCAGAUCGUGCAGCAGGGUACGGGUACCGACGAGGCAGGCGAAACGGCCGAAAAACUGGCAACACUGAACAGAAAGUGGCGCGAAUUGCAACAGAAAGCCAGAGACCGCCAGACCGAGCUGGAAGACGCACUGAGAGAGGCUCAGAGCUUCAACGCGGAAAUCAGCGACUUGCUCUCUUGGUUGUCUGAAGUGGACAGCGUGAUCGCCGCUUCCAAACCCGUGGGAGGUCUACCGGAGACCGCCUCCGAACAACUCGAGAGGUUUAUGGAAGUAUACAACGAGAUCGAAGCCAACCGUCCGAAGGUGGAAGCCGUUCUCCAACAAGGCCAGGAGUACUUGAAACGCCAGGAGAAACCCAACCCCACGUCUCUAUUACACCACAAUUUGAAGAACUUGAAGAGCAGAUGGGACAGUGUCACUGCUAGAGCCUCAGACAAGAAGAUCAAACUGGAAAUAGCUCUGAAGGAAGCGACGGAGUUCCACGACGCGCUCCAAGCCUUCGUGGACUGGCUGACCAGCGCUGAGAAGACGUUGACGUCUGCCAAACCUGUCUCCAGGGUCAUGGAGACUUUGCUCACCCAAAUCGAAGAGCACAAGGCGUUCCAAAAGGAGAUCGCCACUCAUCGCGAGACGAUGCUGCAUCUGGACAAGAAGGGAACCCAUCUCAAGUACUUCAGUCAGAAGCAAGACGUCAUCCUGAUCAAGAACCUGCUAGUUUCCGUUCAACACCGAUGGGAGAGGGUCGUGUCGAAGGCUGCUGAGAGAACAAGGGCGUUAGACCAUGGUGCUAAGGAAGCCAAGGAGUUUGCUGAUAUGUGGAACAACAUGAUGAACUGGCUAUCUGACACCGAAAAACAGUUGGACGAGUUGAACUCCGAGACCACGGUCAAUGACCCAGAGAAGAUCAAACAGAGAUUGCACAAACACCGCGACUUCCAAAAGGCGUUAGCGGCUAAACAGCCUUCGUACGAUCAGACCAUGAAGACCGGCAAACAACUGAAGGACAAGGCGCCGAAGACAGACGAGCCGACACUCAAGACCAUGCUAUCAGACCUCAAGACCAAAUGGACAACAGUCUGCUCUAAGGCUGUUGAUAGGCAACGCAAGCUGGAAGAAGCUCUGCUAUACUCCGGCCAAUUUAAGGAUGCCAUGUCGGCGUUACUCGACUGGUUGAAGAAGCAGCAGAAAUUGUUGGCGGGAGACUCUCCGGUUCACGGGGACCUCGAUACUGUCAUGGCCUUAAUUGAACAACAUAAGCAAUUUGAAGAGGAUCUCCAUUCCCGCGAACAGCAAAUGCAAUCGGUUCUCAAAACUGGAAAAGAUCUGGAAGCUACGGUGCCGCUAGAGGACGCCAACAGCAUCCGUUCGCAAUGCAGCGAAUUGCGUCGCGCGUGGGAUGAUGUGCUCUCUCUCAGUGAGAGGAAGGCGCACAGGCUGGAAGGAGCACUUAAAGAGGCCGAGAAACUCCACCGCUCAGUGAACAUGCUCCUAGAAUGGCUGUCAGACGCCGAGACCAAACUUCGAUUCUCGGGACAACUGCCCGAGGGAGACCACGAGACUCAACAGCAAAUCAGGGACCACGAGAGAUUCAUCUUCGAAUUGAAGGAGAAGCAGAGAGACAAGGAGGAGACGAUCGCCCUCGCUCACUCUAUCCUGGGCAAGGCGCACCCCGACGCGGUGACUGUCAUCAAACACUGGAUCACCAUCAUUCAGAGCCGAUGGGAUGAGGUGUGGCAAUGGGCGAUGCAGCGUGGCGGUAAGCUGGAGGCUCACAUGCAGAGCUUGAAAGACCUGGAUUUGGUGCUGGAAGAGCUGCUCAAAUGGCUCAUCGGCUUGGAGAAUACUCUGCUUUCUUUGGAGUCGGAACCUCUGCCAGAGUCGAUAGAACUGCUGGAAGGUCUGAUCGAAGACCACAAAGAGCUGAUGGAACAUACGCAGAAGAGACAGAACGAGGUAGACCGCGUCUGCAAGGCGUACCAGGUUAAGAGCCAAAGUCAGGGCCGCGAGUCCACGCCAAGAAAGGUUUCCGUCAAGACCGCCACUAAGGGCGCGACUGGGCGCGGUUCUCAGCACGACCUCAGCCGAGAGAGGUCCGUAUCGCCGGACUAUUACGGCACUAGGCGUUACAGUCGCAUCAGCCCGGGACGAGACAGCCCUGACCGCAACCUGCCACACUACGGCCCGAGGUUCCCGCCAAAGGGCAGCAAAGGCUCCGAGCCCGAGUUCAGAUCGCCGCGCGUCAAACAACUAUGGGACAAGUGGCGCACCGUGUGGCUCCUGGCGUGGGAACGUCAAAGGCGGCUUCACGAGAGACUGGCCCAUCUUAAAGAGCUGCAAAGGGUGUCCAACUUCAGCUGGGACGACUGGAGGAAGAGGUUCCUGAAGUUCAUGAACCACAAGAAGUCCCGUCUGACGGACCUGUUCCGCAAGAUGGACAAGGACAACAACGGACUGAUACCAAGGAACGAAUUCAUCGACGGAAUUAUUAACACCAAGUUCGACACUUCCCGAUUGGAGAUGGGCGCGGUGGCGGACCUGUUUGACAGGAACGGCAGCGGCCUCAUCGACUGGGAGGAGUUCAUUGCUGCUCUCAGACCUGAUUGGGUGGAAAGACGAGGGCCCCCGACAGACGCAGACAAGAUCCACGAUGAAGUCAAGCGACUCGUGAUGCUGUGUACUUGCAGGCAGAAGUUCAGGGUGUUCCAAGUCGGGGAGGGCAAAUACAGGUUCGGAGACUCACAGAAACUACGCCUGGUCCGUAUCCUCCGAUCCACCGUCAUGGUGCGCGUCGGAGGCGGCUGGGUCGCCCUCGACGAGUUCCUGGUCAAGAAUGACCCAUGCAGAGCUGAGGAGUUUAUGGAGCAACUGAGGCCUAUAUUUGAGGCUUUAAGGCAACGAGAGGAACUACCUUGUUCGUACCCGCUUCACGUCGGCUCUACACACGGCACAAAGCAAGCGUUCAUAUACGGACAUUCAAGAUCACAAGGAUCGACAACGCCCGGGGCGCACCACUAUACCCAUCAUCAUGGAUACCAGCCCUCUCCAGGAUACCACUGGGUGAGAGAGCGUACAGCCCGGUCAGUGCCAAUGUCAGGAGGAGGCGUCGCAGGACGGGCUUCAAGAUCUUCCCUAAGCGCAGGCACGCCUGACUCCCUAAGUGACAAUGAAGCUGCGAGUGGACUUGGAUCAAGAUAUAGAAAGCCCAGUGUACCAAGAUCAACACUUACGCCUGGAGGUUCAAGACCUGGUUCUCGACCAGGAUCCAGAACGGGCUCUAAACCGCCUUCCAGGCAUGGAUCCAAUCUCUCAUUAGAUAGUACAGAUGACGUGACAACGCCAUCACGCAUUCCGAUGCGCAAGGUGACCAAUACUAGAACGUCGACGGCUCGCGCGGCCCACAACGCCAGCAAACUGGGCGUAACGACGCCCAACGGCAACUCGCGCCCGCGAACACCAACUGGCUUUUUGACGCCAGCGAGUGGAAGGUACGGUAGCGGAGCGAUGUACCGCACUUCCAGUAUACCAACACUGGCACCCGUGCCGGCGCUACUGAGGAGCGGGUCGUUUGCCUCAACCGAUGGACAAACUCCCGGCCGAAGUCGCAUUCCUGUAUUUAAGGAUCAUCAUACUAACUGUAAUCUCAAUAGGCAAAGAACGCCGUCGGGAAGCACUACACCCGUCCGGUCAGGACAGCAGACCGCCGUGACGCGGCUACUGCGUAAGCCUUCGGACGCGUCCGACAGCGGAGCGCCCGCCACACCCACCUCCCGACGCGGAACUCCGGCAUCUUCUCGAACAACGGAGAAACGCGAACCAUUCCGACUGUAGACGAUAUUAUGAUAUGAAUAAAAUGCCAAGUUCUUUAUCGUUAUUAUAAUAAAUUACAAUUUUAUAAUAAUGAUGCGACCUUUCUAUGAAAUGCUAGUCGCUUCGAUAUUUAUUCAAUUUAUCACUAUUUUUUGCAAAUUUGUAAUCAUGUUAUUAGUCAAAUAAAUUAUAAAUGUAUCACCUUUGGAAAUUAAAGUUUUAAUCGAAACAGCUAGCAAAGCAUAGAGGCAAGUGCCCAUAUAUUAUAUGAAUAAUAAUACUAACAAUGAAUUAACCAAUUCGCGAAAUAAGCCAAGCUUAAAAAAAUCGAAUUUGCGAAUGUGGCUUUUUAUUUAAGUGAAAACAAUAGAUAGUAGUAAAACUUAAAGUCUGCACUUGUUGCCUUGUAUACUUAUUUUUUCUACUAUCCGUGCGUUAUUGUGCACGUUUGACUAUUAUAUUUAUUUCGUGCUGUCAGUAUUCUCCAUUCCGUUCAAUUUUGAACGAUUUAUCUAAACUUUGUGUAUAUUCCCCCUGUUUCUCUUAUUUAUUGUCAACGUUGCCAUAAUUGUUAGUGUAUGUUUUGUAUGUUAUACGUAAAAUUGUCUUUGCGAAGACUUGGAAAAGUUUGAUUUGUAACAUUUUUUUUGUAAUAUUUUCCUUUAGGGACCAUUUUGUUAACGAACUAAGAGGAUAGGUGAUUGUCAGUGACUGCUUUUAAUUACUCUCGUAUCUAACUCAUAGUAUCGCCAGACUAUGUUUUAUGAUAGGAUAUUGAAAGAAGUCACUUCCAAUCUGUUAAGGUGAUAAUAGCAUUAUUUAUAAAUAUUUUCUUUUGUAAUGCACAAUCAUGAUUUCAUUUUAGAUUCUGUGUUAAUUUUUUUUGUUGUGAUGUUUCUCUAUACUUUCAAUCAGAAUUGUACAUUUAUGUAUGUGAUUUAUUCAUAUGUUGAUAUUUGCACAAUAUUUUGUUGUGAUGGGAUCGUUUGGCUGAUAAAUUACACGUGCCAUCGACUGUCGCCAGAGUCGCUGGUAUAUUGUGUUUAUCGAAAAUAUGCUCAUGUAUAAUUCCACAGUGGACUUUUAUUUUUAAGUGAAUUAACUAAAGUACAUGUUGUCGCAAAAGACAUUUAUUUAAUAAAAGCUAAGAUCUACAUAAGAAGUAAACGCUUUUAAAUGUAACUUUCCUUGAUUUAUAAUGUUAACCAAGUUUCUCACGUUAUAUUUCUUUUUAUUAUAAAUCUGACUUAACUAUUAAGCCAUUCAUUAUUAUUAGAGUUAUUAAACUAUUAAUCUGGUCAUUUUUAUUUAAAUCAUUGUUGUAUUUGUUAAAUAUAAAAUCGAAGCAAAUUUACUAAAGAGCUUGCAAUGUUUUGUAUAAAAUAAUUAUUCUGAACAGCCACAGUCUUACAAUCUCAUAUUGAUUUCAAAAUAUAAAUAAAGAAUAACAAAUAUUAAA